CACAAGAUUGGCCAGAUAACUAUGGACAACGCCUCAACAAAUGACACUAUGAUGGCUGAGCUAGAGACUCUCCUCGUACGUGAGGGAAUUCCGUUCCAUUGGGAUGGAAACCGGAUCCGGUACGACGUUCUCGCCGGCAACCCCAUCCAGAAGGUCCAUGACCUCGUCAGCGCACUCCGUUCCUCUGGACAACGCCGGCAUGACUUUCAGCAGUUCAUUGCUGAAGGUGUAGCUUCGCGCAGCUGGCCUGACCAUCCCCAGAUCCGACCCUUGCAACUUCUCCGGGAUUGUGAGACACGUUGGUCGUCAACAUUUCUUAUGGUGGACCGUACUCUACUCCUUUACCCGGCAAUCGAAGACUUCGUCAAACAUCCGUCACGUGCAGAUCUGACAAAGUAUCUUCUGACGGUCAACGAUCGAGCGGUUCUAGCCAACAUCUAUCAAGUCCUGGAGGUCGCCCAUCAAGCCCAACAGCUAGUGUCUGCGGAGAAGACACCAACACUAGCCCUUGUCCUCCCAGCUUACGAGCUCCUCGUCGACUCCUGGAAGCAGCUAUGUGUGCAGCUUUCUACGCUCACUCACUACAUCACUCUAGGAAUCGAGAAGAUGGAGGAGUACAUGAUGAAGUCCCGAAUGUCUCGCAUCUAUUCGCUUUCCAUGAUCCUGAACCCGAUGUUCAAGCUCUCAUGGAUUCAAGAACAUUGA